AUGGUUUAUAGUUUUACGAAUCGUUCAAAUUUUCCAAAAAAUGAAGAGAUCAAUGUCGAAGCAGCUUAUAUAAAAGUAUAUCCUAUGGAUACAAUGAAUAUUAUAUGUCCAUCAAACAACAAUGAAAUUCUAACGAUUUAUCAGGUGUCAGAUUUAUCGUUCAUGAACUGUGAACUUGAUGGUCGUUCACAAAUAUUUUUAAUAUGUAAUUCAUCGAAUUACCAUCAACCAUCAUCACACCGAAUCGUUUUUCGACCAUUUUCUCCACUACCAAAUGGUUUCGAAUACCAACCAGGACGAUCUUAUUAUCUUAUUUCAACAUCAAACGGAACUUAUGAAGGAAUGAAUAAUACGAGGCAUGGUUUAUGCCUUUUGAAAAAUAUGCGCCUACGUAUCGAUAUUCAGCCAUACGAACCAUUUAAUUCGCCUACACUUUAUAAAAAUGGUAAAUUCCAUUGUUCCAGGAUGACAGAUAAGAAAUCUAUGGUUCCCAGUUUAAAACCCUAA